AUGUCGGGGGGCACCUCCGCACGUCGCGCGCCCUCCUGUUCACCGUGGCAGCACCUUGUAUCUGUUGACAUCAGUAAUACCUUUUGCACGGCGUUUGCCCAGCACCUUUCAACAGUGCAGAACCCCCAAGAGUUUUCUGAGACUCUGUCGACCCUGAUGUGUAAGUGGCGGGAUAGGAAGUGGGCGGAGAUUACUGUGCCAUCCACUUCAACCGGAGGUAGACACUUUGUUAUACCCACACGACGGAGGAAAGACCGCCGUUCCAUAGCUAAUGGUGGAGUCGAAAAUAAUGGUUUCCUUUCGGAAAAUUUCUCCAACGGAGUGCCAAUUGGGGACACGCGCCGGGACGGUGCCGUCACAGCGUACUAUGAAUCCAUACGUGUGCAGCGGCUGAUGGAGGAGGUUUUGCUUCUCUCCUCUGAGGUAGAAGCGGAGCGCGAGGCUGAGUUGAUUAAAUUAGGUGAAGUUGAAGGCAUGAAAGCUCAACGCCGGGCAUGGCGCCGGCGGUGUUGUCUGACCCGUGCCGUGGAUGAACUGUGGCGGUUUAGUUGUACGGGAGGUUCAGAUUUUUUGCUGCCGGUGACGGAGCUGGAGGCCCCAAACUAUUACCAGCGGGUAAGGCGUCCCGUGUCCCUUUCGACACUCUAUUGUAGCGUUUGGGAUGCUACUGUGGCGGACUACGCCGAUCUUAAGGCACUCCUAACCCUGAUGAGCUGUAACUGUGAACACUACAAUGGGUCUGAUAGCAUCCUCGCUGCACAGUGUCGCAAGCUUGUGAAGAUCGGCUAUCGUGCUGUAAGAGAUGCAGAGACGUAUGAAAAACAGCAGUUAGAAGCGGAUCAGGAACUCUUCUCGACAUUGUGUGGACAGGACACUGUGGGAUGUGGGCCACGCACGGGGACGGGGACAGGGGUGCUUCGCCGCAUGAUGGACGCAAAUGGCGACGGUAUAUCGAUGGAGCCGCUUCCUGCUGAUGAGUUGGCUGCAUUAUUUCCUUCUCGAUACCAAGCAGCAUGUGACGGGGCCGUGCAAAGCGCAGAUGAGAAGCUUGUAUGUGACGCGAACGGCAGUCGCACGGACGACACUGUUAGCCAUCAGGUAAAUAACGGCGGACGUAGGUUAGUACUGCGCAGGAAACCACCGGUACAAUCAACGGAGAAUGGGAAAGACGCCCCCGUGCCCGCACAUGCGGACCCCAGUGGCAAACCACCGCGCCCCCGGCUACGGCUUUCGCUGGUGUCCUCCACCUCCACAAAAACUGAAACACGUCCGUCCGGUGGUAGUGAAGGCGAAGGGGGCGGGAUACUGGAUGAAGAUGACGUAUGGGAGAAACCUGAUCGCGUGAGUAGCCGUCAAAAGGAAGGGGCAGCAAUAUCGAUCUCGUCCAAAUCGUCCCAGGUUCUGCGCGCAAAACACGGGCGCAAGUCACUUAAGAAAGAAAAGGAGAGCCGAAGACGGGUGGGGCAAGCUGAUCUCAGGAGAAAAAAGGAAAAGAGUGAUCAUGAACGAAGGCAGAAGCCACCAAAGGUGAAGCGCGAGAAAGCGGAUCGGGGUAGUCGUAUAUCGAAAGUGAAGUCUGGUCGGCUGGGCGGCAGGGAUAAUGGCAAAGAUUCCAAACGAAGUAAGAGGAGAUUAGAAGAGUACUCCUCUACGGAGAUGUUGAGUCCAUUGCCGACCAGUUCGUCGACAUCGUCAUCUUAUUAUUCCUCAUCUUCAACGAGCAGCAGUGAUGACUCCGAUACUUUUACGAGGCGAGCGCCUCCCUCAAUAUCAGUGGAGAGGCUUGGAGAACUGGAGGCGAUGAUGAACAAGCUGGAUAAGAUGCCUUUGCAGCAAGACACUAUUGAGGAAGUUAUUUUAACCCUUAAACGGGUUGAAAAUGAACUUAACUGA